GGAACUCUCGACGUCAAAAAAUAGCACGAGUAACUUAAAGAAACACCUGGACCGGUGCCACGCUAACACUAAGCUGAAAGAGAGGGAUGCACCUGCGGAGAAGAGAAAGAAAAAAGAGGACGAGCAUACGGGACAGACAAAGCAACAAAAGUUAAGUUUCUCUCGGUCUGCCAUGGUUCUUGAAGCCAGAGAAGUGAGGAGACUGGUGGCAGAAUUUAUUGUGGAAGACAUGCACUCCCUAUCAACGGUAGAAUCGCCAGCGUUCAGAAAGCUUGUCAGCAAAAUCCCCGUGAGCAGCAACGACAAGCAUGUACUGCCUGACAGAAAAACAUUUGCCAAAGAUUUGGACAAGGCAUAUGCUGUCAUGGAGAAGGAGCUGAAGAAAAUACUCGAAGCCCAGCAGUAUGUGUCAACAACAGCAGACAUAUGGAGUGCCAACAACAAAAGUUUUAUGGGGGUCACCGUGCACUGGAUUGAUGCAGAUACCUUGGCACGAAAGAAGGCUGCAAUAGCUUGUAAAAGAUUUAGGGGUAGACACACAUAUGAUGCAAUUGCAACAGAGCUAGAAGACAUUUUUUCUCAGUAUGGACUGACAUACAAUAAAGUGACUGCAUGUGUGACGGACAAUGGGAGCAACUUUGUUAAAGCCUUCAAGGAGCAUCAGCAACUUCAAGUGGAGUUGGAGGAGGAGGGGGAGGAGGAGGAGGGUGAUGGAGGGAAGAAUAACAGGACCUGGACCCUCCUGCCGAUGCCACUUCCUCAGUAUGUGACAGCAGGGAAGAUCGCAGUGGCUGCAACAGACUCACAAAUCAUCCUCAGCAUCAACCGGCAGAUGUUAAAGGACCUCAGCCUCCUCCUUAUCCACCAUGAGCUCCUUUGUCUUCGUCACAUUGACCUGCAGAUGAGCCAGCUCAAUCCAAGUGACAAAGUUGUCCACAACAGUCCUAGAUUCAUUCUCAUCGCCUUUUUUGAUGCAACCAACUAUUUGGAGUGA